GCGCCCAUGAAGAUGCUUUUCUCCGGCUAUCGGGCCAGCCUCAAGACCAAGGCCGCCGAGACCCUUGCCCAGCUGGCGACGCUGGAGGAUGCUGAGAAGACGGUUGAGGAGCGGCGCACCUUCUUGUACAACCAGGUGGUGACCAGCUACCACAAGGCUAAGAUCGAGCGAGCCGGCUUGGCUCGCGAGCUGGAGGCUGUCAAGGUUGAGGCCGCCAAGGUCCCGCAGCUGGAGUCGGAUCUCCGAGCCGCUCGCGCGCAGUGCGCCGAGAGCGAGGAGGCGGGCCGAUCUGCCGCAGCCAAGCUCAAGCUGGCUGAGCAGGAGCUGACACGGCUGCGCCUGCUGGAGAAGAACCACAUCACCGAGCUCAACUCCCUCAGGACGGCGGAGAAGGAGAAGGUGGAUGAUCUGAGCCGGCGGCUGUCGGAGGUGGAGAAGCAGCGGCUUGUGCUGCAGGAGGAGGUCACUGCCAAGUCCACAGAGCUGACGGCUACCGCCAAACGCUGGACUGAUGACUUUAGCGCGCUUGAUCGCGGCUUGGCGGCGGCCUUCCCUGAGACGCAGGAGGCGGCUUUGGCAGCCGUCGGCGCCGCACGUGACUCCAGGAGGCAGGAGACUGGCGAGGGCAGCUCGGAGUACUUCUCCAUGGAGGACCACCUGGCGUCCAUGGCCGCCCGCAUCGAGCCCGUCACCCAGCUCGGGCCGGGAUACAAGGUUGCUCCUUGA